GUCCUUAACGUCCUUCUUGUUGUUUAUAUGUUUUCUAAUGUCUUUUUUCUAAAAAAAUUUUUUUGUUGUCUCUCUCAUUUAUUCACACUAUUUCUCUCUCUCAUUUCGUUUUAUGUUAAGCGUUGUUUGUUGGGCGCGUCAAUGUUUGUGAGAGCUUUAAUGUUGGGAGCACCUACAUACUACUUACUUUUACACACAACCAUUUGUGCCCAAUUUUCCUCUUUUCUUUUUUCCAUUUAUUCACAUCUCGGAUUUAAACAUUAA